AUGCACUUGAAGUGGUGUCCAAUCUCUUUGGGUCAACGCUUGUCACUCACCCUCGAACAUGACGCAAAAUUUGGGGGCCCGCCAAUGGGUAAACAAAAGCCGAUUCCUCGACCCUCGUCGCACUCUUCCCCUCGAUCCAUCAGCACAACAGCACAGCAGCAAAAAAACACAGCAGCAAAAAAACAACUUGCGCAAUCGCGGCGGUAUCCAACCAAAACAAUCAAACAGAAAGUACCACCAUCAAUGCCAUCAAAAAAGACACCAUGCCAGGAGGACCAAGCCCAUACCACCAGCAGGCGGAGGUCCUCUUGUAAUCCGCCCAGCUCGACCACCGAAACGAUCCCCCUGCGGAGGUCCUCAAGGAGCUGGCAGACCUGACCGGUCUGACGCGGAGGAAGGUCUGGGUAUGUAUCUCCCUCUUCUAUAGUAUUAUCUAAGCGACAGGAUGCUGAUUAUCCGACAGGACUGGUUCAACCGGGCCCGCGAGAGGGCCAAGCCGUUGGAAGAGAGGAGGUGGGCCCGCGAGGUCAAACCAAAGCGGGAGGAGAAGAAGAGGAGUGCGCGGGAGAGGGUGCAGAAGAAGAUGAGUGCGCGGGAGAAGGCGAAGAAGGCGAAGAAGGAGGCAGACGAGAAGGGAGCAGACGAGGAGGAGGAGGAGGAGGAGGAGAAUGAGGGCGGAGAUGAAGAGAUGGAGGAGGAGGGCGGAGAUGAGGAGAUGGAGUAAGGGGCGGGGAGAGUUUGAUCAAGAAUUUCUUAACCUUCGUCGCCAUGGUUUCUGACCGGUCCAUUCAGGAUUAGUAGGACUCUACCGAAGAACUGUUUGGUGUCCACGAUGGGCCGUGGCGGCAAGGCAGAGUUCUUGCAUCAAGAGUGA